UCAAAUUAUUAUUUUCAAAUAAAUAGUUUAUUUGAAUAGCCGUAUAAAACAGUAAGAUAUUACGAAGUACACGAAAUCAGCUGUGAAUUGUCAAAUUUUCCUAUUGUAAUAAAUUUUUCAAUAUUUAUAAGUUGUUUAAUAUAAAAAUAUCAAGAAAUAAAACGUGAUGCACAAUGUCUCCUGAUCCUACACAAGAACCUAUUGAAGAAACAUUAAGUACACCGAAUUUAUCUCUUGAUACUAGAGGAAUAAAUACAUCCGAUAGUGAAGAUGAUGAUAUAGGAAUGGCAGGAUAUGUACCACUAUCUCAGAUUCCUGCAGAUAGUGAUCCAAUGUUGUAUGAAGAUGAAGAUGAUGAAUGGAUAACUAAUGUAGGUGAAUCUAGUCAAGUAUUGAGAGCUCCAUUAUUAGAGUCACAGCAUGAUUGUAUGUCAGAAACAAUAGAAAUUUGGUCAUCUCCCCAUCGAUCAAAUAUUGAUAUGGAUGCAGAUAAAAUUAAUCAAGUAAAAUCUAUGAUGGCAUCUUUUACUUUACCAAUUACAGCAAUUCCAGAAUGGGCAAAAGCUAUAUCGGAAGAUCAAUGGAAAGAACAACUUAUUGGACGUAUUAAAGAAAUGCAAAAUGGAGAAAAAUAAAUUUAAGUAUUUUAAUUAAUUUUUUUAUAUAAAAUUAUGUAUAUAGUUUGAUAUAAAUUAAAUAUUUAAUUUUUUUUUGAAUUAUAAAGUUGAAGUCCAUUGAUAAAU